GGAAGUUGGUUGUUCAUAACUCCGUUUACACAGAAGUUGCUAUAUUUAGAUGUUGUCAAAGCUUCCAUCAGCAUAUCUUCCCGUCAGCGUCGCAUUGAGAUUUGGAAUAGGAUGUUUCUCAUCGUUCUUUUCCUGUCAGGUGCUGCGGCUAGACGUGAUGUCACUGCUACGAUGCCAAGCAGCAUCACAGCACUGUCAGGCUCCUGCGUGCUAAUCCCAUGUCUCUUUAGUCCCACUACCACUACUGUACCAAUCUUUACAUCCAACUCAAAAGGAGUUUGGAUAAUCAACGAUCCACUAUUUGCCAAUAAUCCACGGAAUGUCAUCUACAAUAGCAGUAACCCGGAGAAUAUCUACUCAAUGAAGAUAAUUGGAAACCUCACAGAGAGAAACUGCACCUCAUUGCUGAACAAUGUAACAAUGCUAAAUGAUGCACAGUCCUACUACUUCAGAAUAGAGGACCCAUCAUUCAGAGCAACAGACACAGCCAAUGCUUGUAAAAUAAAUGUUCACGCUGUGCCUCCCAGACCGACCAUCACCGACCCAGGGAGUCUGAAGGAGGGCGUCUCUGUCUCUGUCUCCUGCUCUGCUGUGGCACCCUGCCCCACACACCCCACUGAGCUGAAAUGGACUGGCCCAAAGGGGACAGCUACAGUCAAAACACUUCAGGAGAAUUCAGACCGAACCAAGUCAGCCCAGCUCACGGUGAACUUCACUACCGCUGCCCGUCACCAUGGGACGAACAUCACCUGUACAGCUAUAUAUCCAACUGAGAGUCAGAAGGCCUACGCAUCAGAAGUAACUGUGACUCUCAAUGUUUCAUUUUCUCCACAAAAUACCUCCGCUUCCAUCCACCCAACUGAUCCGGUGUCAGUUGGUAGCAACGUGACUCUGACCUGCACCAGCAGUGCUAACCCUCCGGUCAGUACCUUCAGCUGGGUCAGGAUCAGCGGAAACACGUCAGUUGGUAUUGGAGACACCCUCACCAUCAAUGUGACCGAAGCUGAGAAAGGAAGCUACACCUGCGUGGCCAGAAACCGCCUUGGCCAGCAGAGUUCACCUGAGGUUCAGCUGGUGAUUAGAGAGCAACCGACAAACAUGUUGUACUAUGCGAUCACAGGAGGGUCUGCAGCCAUGUUCUUCCUCGUUCUGCUGGCUGUCUGGAGGAGAAAAUCCAGCGGUUCUGUCGACAGGGGAGCAAAGAUGACAGCCAGCACGUCAGAGCAGACCCUGCCUGUUGGGAGUGAAGAGACAGAUGCCACCAGCCAUGCCACCAGCCAUGCCACCAGCCAUGCCACCAGCCAUGCCACCAGGGUGCCUGUGGAAGCAGAGGAACCUCCAAUCCAGUCUGAGGAGAUCCAGUAUGGUGAAAUAGACUUCUCCAAACUGCAGCACAGAGCCAACAGGAAUUUGGAGAAGUGCUCAGAAAAGACAGAGUACUCUGAGGUGAGGAAGGGAGGGGGGCAGCUGCCUGCACAGGACCCUGAAGACCUCAACGCUCAAGUCAACAAAUAAGCAUUUGCCAUGUCUCCUCUUAAGUCAAUUAUUUUCUUAAUUAGGCCAACAUAAACCUUUUCUUUAACAUCUCAUCCUUGGGGAUGUUUAAAUAUAAGUAUUUUGACUUGUUCUUUUGAGUUGAAUUGGGUUCUAGUCCGUCAGUGUCUGAAGUGCUCCUCGCAAUCAGAUUUUUGUUUUGUUUUGAAUUAAACUAGUAUAAUUUUAGGAAACAAUAUCAAUGUCAGUCUCCUUUUACACUAGCAUGUUGGGUAUUUUAGUAACUUGAAGCCUUUCCAACAAACCUUCCUUUUGAUGUACUAGUGAUGCACUGAUGUCCAUCUAGUGGUCAACACUGAUUUUACAUUUAGCCUCCAGAAAAGUCAGCAAUGUUUAGUUUAUGUAUUAUGUACUUUACAUAGCUAUGUUAACAGUAGACACAGGAGGUUUUGUAGAACACUGGAGAUUAAUUUAAAGUUAUUUAUUCAUUGCACUCAAACACUUUCACGUUC